GUAACCGAGGUUCUCCAGAGAGGAAACCCAGAGGGAGAUGCACAGCCAUGAGGUCAUUUAGGAGUUCGCUGUUCAUCCUGGUCCUUCACCUUCUGGAAGGGGCUCGGAGUAACUCGCUCAUCCAGCUGAAUGGCAAUGGCUACGAGGGCAUCGUCAUUGCAAUUGACCCCAACGUGCCAGAAGAUGAAACACUCAUUCAGAAUAUAAAGGAUAUGGUGACCAAAGCAUCUCCAUAUCUGUUUGAAGCUACGGAAAAAAGAUUCUAUUUCAAAAAUGUUGCCAUUUUGAUUCCUGCAAGUUGGAAGGCAAAACCGGAAUAUGUGAAACCCAAACUUGAGACCUACAAAAAUGCUGAUGUUGUGGUUACUGAACCAAAUCCUCCAGAAAAUGAUGGGCCCUAUACGGAGCAGAUGGGAAACUGUGGAGAAAAGGGUGAAAAAAUUUAUUUCACUCCUGACUUCGUAGCAGGAAAAAAGGUGCUUCAAUAUGGACCACAAGGAAGGGUAUUUGUCCACGAAUGGGCUCACCUGCGAUGGGGCGUGUUUAAUGAGUACAACAACGAGCAGAAGUUCUACUUAUCCAACAAAAAGAACAAACCAGUGAUAUGUUCGGCAGCCAUCCGCGGUACAAAUGUACUACCACAAUGCCAAGGAGGCAGCUGUGUCACCAAACCGUGCCGAGCAGACAGAGUAACGGGGCUGUUCCAGAAGGAGUGUGAGUUCAUACCCGAUCCCCAGCAGAGCGAGAAGGCCUCCAUAAUGUAUGCACAGAGCAUUGAAUCGGUGGUUGAAUUCUGUAAAGAAAAAAACCACAAUAAAGAAGCUCCAAACGACCAAAACCAAAAAUGCAAUCUCCGAAGCACAUGGGAAGUGAUCCAAGAUUCUGAAGACUUUAAGAAAACCACUCCCAUGACAACACAGCCACCCGCGCCCACCUUCUCACUGCUGCAGAUCGGACAGAGAAUCGUGUGUCUAGUCCUCGACAAGUCUGGAAGCAUGACGGUUGGUGGCCGUCUUAAGCGACUGAAUCAAGCAGGCAAACUCUUCCUUCUGCAGACAGUGGAGCAAGGGGCCUGGGUUGGGAUGGUGGCAUUUGACAGCGCUGCCUAUGUAAAAAGUGAACUCGUCCAGAUAAACAGCGCCGCGGAAAGAGACGCGCUUGCCCGCAGCUUACCCACAGCAGCCUCGGGAGGAACGUCCAUCUGCUCGGGGCUUCGCUCCGCAUUUACUGUGAUCAAGAAGAAAUACCCGACCGACGGGUCUGAGAUCGUGUUACUGACCGACGGCGAGGACAACACGAUAAGCGCGUGCUUCGCGGAGGUGAAGCAGAGCGGAGCCAUCAUCCACACGGUCGCCCUCGGGCCCUCGGCAGCGAAGGAGCUGGAGGAGCUGUCGCAGAUGACAGGUGGUUUGCAGACAUAUGCUUCAGACCAGGCUGAGAACAACGGCCUCAUUGACGCUUUCGGGGCCCUUUCGUCCGGGAACGGAGCUGUCUCCCAGCGCUCCAUCCAGCUGGAGAGCAGGGGCUUAACCCUCCAGAACAACGAGUGGAUGAAUGGCACAGUGGUGGUGGACAGCACUGUGGGGAAGGACACUUUGUUUCUCAUCACCUGGACCGACGUCCCUCCCCAAAUCCUCCUCUGGGAUCCCAGCGGAACGAAGCAGGACAGCUUCUUGGUGGACACACACAACAAGAUGGCCUACCUCCAAGUCCCAGGCACGGCCAAGGUUGGCAUGUGGAAGUACAGCCUGCAAGCAAGUUCACAAACCCUGACUUUGACCGUCAGCUCCCGUGCGUCCAGCGCUACCCUGCCUCCGGUUACCGUGACCUCUAAAAUGAACAAAGACACGGGCAAAUUCCCCAGCCCCAUGGUAGUUUACGCGAAGAUUCACCAAGGAACCCUGCCCAUUCUCAGGGCCAAGGUCACAGCCCUGAUAGAAUCAGAGAAUGGGAAAACAGUUACCUUGGAAUUACUGGACAACGGAGCAGGCGCUGAUGCUACCAAGAAUGACGGUAUCUACUCGAGGUAUUUUACAGCUUACGAUGCAAAUGGUCGAUACAGCGUAAAAGUGUGGGCUCUGGGAGGAGUGAACACGGCCACGCAGAAGGCGACCCCCCCGAGGAGUGGAGCCAUGUACAUACGUGGCUGGGCUGAGAAUGGGGAGAUCAAAUGGAACCCGCCGAGACCCGACAUUAACAAGGACGACCUUCAGGGCAAGCAAGUGUGUUUCAGCCGAACAGCCUCGGGGGGUUCAUUCGUGGCCUCCGACGUUCCGAAGUCUCCCGUACCCGAUCUCUUUCCACCCUGUAAGAUCACCGACCUGAAGGCCGGGAUCCAAGGGGACAACCUCAUCAACCUGACGUGGACGGCUCCUGGGGAUGAUUACGACCACGGGCGAGCUGACAGGUACAUCAUCAGAAUAAGCACAAAUAUUCUUGAUCUCAGAGACAAGUUCAAUGAUUCUGUUCAAGUGAACACCACGGAUCUCAUCCCAAAGGAGGCCAACUCAGAGGAGGUCUUUGUGUUUAAACCAGAAGGCAUCCCUUUUACAAAUGGCACGGAUCUCUUCAUUGCUGUACAGGCUGUCGAUAAGACCAACCUGAAGUCAGAAAUCUCCAACAUUGCACAAGUAUCUUUGUUCCUUCCCCCGGAGGCUCCUCCGGAGACUCCUCCGGAGACACCUGCUCCUUCUCUGCCUUGUCCUGAAAUUCAGGUCAACAGCACCAUUCCUGGCAUUCACAUUUUAAAAAUUAUGUGGAAGUGGCUGGGAGAAUUACAGCUAUCGAUAGCCUAGGGCUGAGUUUUCCUGAGAUAAACAAAUCAUCCAUCCUGCUUUUGAUUAUGAAAAUUUAUAAAAUGCAUUUUAGACUUUCUGCACGAGGCAAUUUAAUGAAAUACAAUGCUAAACAACUAGAUAUGUACGUAUAAAAGCUAUUCAUGUCAAUAAAUAGAAGUAUGUUUUAAUUCA